GACUUAUUUCCUUCUAAAAUGUCAUGGACUCAAUAACAUUUCAAACAACUGCAGCUUCCACAAUAUUGUUACUAUUGCAUUAUUAAAACAGACUAAUUUUAAGAAUGACUAAUUCCUCUUCAUAGCAUGGAUUAAGACAGUAACAGUGAGGAUUGUAUCUUGGAGCCGCUUUCCCUGCCAGAAAGUCCAGGUGGCACCACCACUUUAGACGGUUCUCCAUCUGUGCCUUGUAUUUUCUGUGAAGAGCAUUUUCCUGUGGCUGAACAAGACAAACUUUUGAAGCACAUGAUUAUUGAGCAUAAACUUGUCAUUGCUGAUGUUAAGCUGGUUGCUGAUUUCCAACGGUACAUUUUAUAUUGGAGGAAAAGAUUCACUGAACAGCCCAUCACAGACUUUUGUAGUGUGAUAAGAAUCAAUUCCACAGCUCCACUUGAAGAACAAGACAAUUAUUUUUUGUUGUGUGAUGUUUUGCCAGAAGAUAGAAUUCUUAGAGAAGAGCUUCAGAAACAGAGACUGAAAGAAAUUCUGGAACAACAGCAGCAAGAACGAAAUGAUACCAAUUUUCAUGGCAUUUGUAUGUUUUGCAAUGAGGAAUUCCUAGGAAACAGAUCUGUUCUUUUGAACCACAUGGCCAGAGAGCAUGCUUUCAACAUUGGAUUGCCAGACAACAUUGUAAACUGCAAUGAAUUUCUAUGUAUGUUACAGAAGAAACUUGACAAUUUGCAGUGCUUAUACUGUGAGAAGAACUUUAGGGACAAAAAUACACUUAAAGAUCACAUGAGAAAAAAGCAGCAUCGUAGAAUCAAUCCUAAGAACAGAGAAUAUGACCGAUUUUAUGUCAUCAAUUACUUGGAACUUGGAAAAUCAUGGGAAGAAGUUCAGUUAGAAGAUGAUGGAGAGUUCCUAGACCAUCAGGAAGAUAAAUGGUCUGAUUGGGAAGAACACCCUGCCUCUGCUGUCUGUCUAUUUUGUGAAAAUCAAGCAGAAACAAUUGAGAAAUUAUAUGUUCACAUGGAGGAUGCACAUGAAUUUAAUCUCCUCAAAAUAAAGUCAGAACUUGGAUUAAAUUUCUAUCAGCAAGUGAAACUGGUCAAUUUCAUUCGAAGGCAAGUUCACCAAUGUAGAUGUUAUGGCUGCCAUGUGAAAUUCAAAUCUAAAUCAGAUCUAAGGACUCACAUGGAAGAAGCUAAACAUACUUCACUGCUUCCUGAAAGAAAGACAUGGGAUCAACUAGAAUAUUAUUUUCCAACCUAUGAAAAUGACACUCUCCUGUGUAUACUGUCUGACAGUGAAAGUGACCUGACAGCUCAGGAACAAAAUGAAAAUGUUCCCAUUAUCAGUGAAGAUACAUCUAAACUACAUGCUUUGAAACAAAGUAGCAUUUUGAACCAGAUGCUGCUUCAUGAGUGCUUGAAAAACUAGAAGAAACUGCUGCAGGAGCAAUUUGUCAUGUUUUUCUUCUGAGACAUACAAAAGAAUAUUUUAAAUUUGAACACCAACAAAAUAUUAGUUCUUGGUGAAAUAAUUUUUUUAAGUGAAUGUUUUUU